AUGCCUUCAUUAAAAGGCAAAGUCCAGACUGUGCUGGGCCUUAUAGAUCCCAGCCAGCUUGGUUACACCAUGACCCAUGAACACUUGACGAUGAGCUUCACUUGCUGUUAUUACCCACCUCCAUCAGGCCAGGAAGCAAUGUCAGACCAACCCAUUGAGAUGAAGAACUUGUUUUGGCUUAAACAGAACCCUUAUAGCAACAAAGAGAAUCUUCUCCUAUGUCAAGAGAGAGAUGCGGUGAGGGAAGAGCUAUUGCACUAUAAGGCUGCAGGUGGUGGGACGAUAGUGGAAAACACAACCACAGGAAUCAAACGAGACAUGAAGACCCUAAAGCAGCUUUCAGAAGAAACCAGUGUCCAUAUUGUUGCUGGAGCUGGUUUUUAUGUAGAUGCUACUCAUACUGCUGAGACACGAGCAAUGUCAGUGGAACAGCUGACAGAGGUUAUUGUUAAUGAAGUUCUCAAUGGAGCGGAUGGAACCAACAUCAAGUGUGGCGUAAUAGGAGAAAUUGGAUGCUCUUGGCCUCUGACAGAGAGCGAAAACAAAGUACUUCAAGCCACUGCGCACGCCCAGUCUCAGCUCGGCUGCCCUGUCAUAAUCCAUCCUGGCAGGCAUGGCGAUUCUCCUUUUCAGAUCAUUCGGAUUAUGCAGGAAGCUGGGGCAGAUGUCUCCAAAACGGUCAUGUCUCACAUGGAUAGGACUAUAUUUGAUGAGGAUAAGCUGUUGGAGUUUGCAAAACUUGGAUGCUACUUAGAGUAUGACCUUUUUGGAACAGAAUUCAUUUUCUACCACAUGAAUCCAGAUAUUGAUAUGCCAAGUGACAAUGAGAGGAUUUUAAGAGUUCGGAUGUUGAUUGAUGAAGGCUACGAAGACAAAGUUGUAGUUGCUCAUGACAUUCACACAAAGAAUAGACUGAAGAAAUACGGAGGUCACGGGUAUUCCCAUAUCCUUGAAAACAUAGUCCCCAAAAUGUUAGUUAGAGGCAUAUCACAAAACAAAAUCAAUAAACUGUUGGUAGAGAAUCCCAAACAGUGGUUGACCUUUAAGUAGGGAAAGUAAGCAUGGGUAUGCUACAUGUGAAGUUUCUGAGGUUAUAUUUGUUACAG